AUGCCUGAAGAAGCCCCAAUUGAAACACCAGUUGUCGACGAAACCCAGGAGGAUUCCAAGAAACGCACAAAGGCUCCCGAAGACCGCAAGAAGCGUAGAAGAAGAAACUACGAUGACGAUAUUCCUGAAGACAAAUCGUCUGAGGACGAAGACGCGGAGAAGGAAGAAGACGACGACAAACUCAUAGCUGAAGAGGAAGAGGAGGAUGAUCUUAGUGAGAUUGACUCCUCCAACAUAAUUGCUACUGGAAGAAGAACCAGAGGGAAAGUCAUUGACUACUCCAAGGUCGAGGAGACCCUCAAGCAGGAGAAGGCAGCAAGCAAAGAUGAUGACGCGUCCAAACAACCAGAAGACGGCGAGGAGGAGGAGGAGGAAGACGAGGAAGAUGAUGCCGACUUCAAAGAGCCUGAACCAGAAGCUGAACCUAAGCCAGCUUCAGAGGCUUGA